UUUCACACAGGCUCUGGGCACAAUGAAGAGGAUCCCAGGGAGUGCAUCUAUUACAACGUCAACUGGGAGACAGAGAAGACAAACCAGAGUGGUGUGGAAAGGUGUGAUGGAGAGAAGGACAAGCGGCUUCAUUGUUAUGCAUCUUGGAGGAAUAACUCUGGCUUCAUUGAACUUGUGAAGAAAGGCUGUUGGUUAGACGAUUUCAACUGCUAUGACAGACCGCAGUGUGUAGCAAAAGAAGAGAACCCGCAAGUGUUUUUCUGCUGCUGUGAUGGGAACUACUGUAAUGAGAAGUUUACUCAUUUGCCUGAUGUCGAAACAUUUGAUCCGAAGACUCAGCAGCCAGUGUCAGUCUUGAACAUUCUGGUGUAUUCCCUGCUUCCCAUUGCUGGCCUCUCUAUGGCCAUACUCCUGGCAUUCUGGAUGUAUCGCCACCGGAAACCUCCCUAUGGUCAUGUUGACCUUAAUGAGGAUCCAGGGCCACCUCCGCCAUCUCCAUUAGUUGGACUCAAGCCCCUGCAGUUAUUGGAAAUCAAGGCAAGGGGCCGAUUCGGCUGUGUUUGGAAGGCAAGGCUGAUGAAUGAAUAUGUAGCUGUGAAAAUCUUUCCCAUUCAGGAUAAGCAGUCCUGGCAGAGUGAGAGGGAAAUCUUUACCACCCCUGGCAUGAAACAUGAAAACCUCUUGCAAUUCAUUGCGGCUGAGAAGAGAGGCACAAACCUGGAAAUGGAGCUGUGGCUGAUCACUGCUUUCCAUGAAAAGGGCUCUCUGACAGACUAUCUAAAAGGAAACAUCAUAAACUGGAAUGAGCUGUGCCACAUUGCAGAGUCUAUGGCACGAGGGUUGUCGUAUCUUCAUGAAGACGUGCCUCGCUGUAAAGGCGAAGGGCACAAGCCUGCCAUUGCUCACAGAGAUUUCAAAAGUAAGAACGUAUUGUUGAAAAAUGACCUGACAGCAAUUUUGGCAGAUUUUGGCUUAGCUGUACGGUUUGAACCUGGAAAACCUCCUGGUGAUACUCAUGGACAGGUUGGAACCAGGAGGUAUAUGGCUCCAGAGGUGCUAGAAGGAGCAAUUAACUUCCAGCGAGAUGCCUUUCUCAGGAUAGACAUGUAUGCCAUGGGGCUCGUCCUGUGGGAGAUUGUAUCUAGAUGUACAGCUGCUGAUGGGCCUGUUGAUGAGUAUAUGUUACCGUUUGAAGAAGAGAUUGGUCAACAUCCUUCUUUAGAAGACUUACAGGAAAUAGUGGUGCACAAGAAGCUGCGCCCUGUAUUUAAAGACCACUGGUUAAAACAUCCAGGUUUGGCACAGUUGUGUGUCACAAUUGAAGAGUGCUGGGACCAUGAUGCGGAAGCGCGGCUGUCUGCAGGCUGUGUAGAGGAACGCAUUUCUCAGAUCCGCAAAUCAGUGAAUGGCACUAACCUCGGACUGCCUUGUAUCCAUUGUUACAUCUGUCACCAAUGUGGACUUGCCGCCCAAAGAGUCCAGUAUCUGAGUCAUUGUUGUUUUUGUCUUUCCAGACUCAAGGUUCAAAACAGCAGAAAAAUAUAUGAAAAAAAAAAGUCUAUAUAA